AUCGAGAAAAUAGGCAUUUGUGUCGACUCGCCCACCCCGUAUGCGCAUGCUCACUGUGCGGCGGAUGCUUGCUAGCUUGCAUAGUCACUAAAUCAACGGCGGUUGGAAAGAAGACUAACCAAGCUUUUGAAAGAUGUCUGAAGCUGACGUUGAUAACGAACUCUUGGAUUACGAAGAGGAUGAGGAGCCCCAAGGAGCCCUUGAGGCGUCAACCCCAGCCAACAAGAAGGCGGUGAAGGGGUCGUACGUGUCCAUCCACAGCUCCGGUUUCAGAGAUUUCCUCCUCAAACCAGAGCUUCUCCGUGCCAUAAUUGACUGUGGUUUUGAGCAUCCAUCAGAAGUCCAACAUGAGUGUAUCCCCCAAGCCAUCCUGGGCAUGGACAUCCUAUGUCAAGCCAAAUCUGGUAUGGGAAAGACGGCAGUUUUUGUACUGGCCACCCUCCAGCAGAUUGAACCCAUGGACGGACAAGUGUCGGUCCUAGUCAUGUGCCACACUCGAGAGUUGGCCUUCCAGAUCAGCAAAGAGUAUGAGCGCUUCUCCAAGUACAUGUCCAGCAUCAAGGUGUCCGUGUUCUUCGGCGGCUUGCCCAUUAAGAAGGACGAGGACGUCCUGAAGCAGAGCUGCCCUCACAUUGUCGUGGGCACACCCGGCCGCACCUUGGCUCUCAUCCGCAACAAGACCCUGAGCGUGAAAAACAUCAAGCACUUUGUGCUCGAUGAGUGCGACAAGAUGCUGGAGGAGCUCGACAUGAGACGUGACGUACAGGAAAUCUUCAGGCUGACCCCUCAUGAGAAGCAGGUCAUGAUGUUCAGUGCCACGCUAAGCAAGGAGAUCCGCCCUGUGUGCCGCAAGUUCAUGCAAGAUCCGAUGGAGGUGUUUGUGGAUGACGAGACCAAGCUGACCCUCCACGGCCUCCAGCAGUACUACUGCAAGCUGAAAGACAGCGAAAAGAACCGAAAGCUCUUUGACCUCCUCGACGUGCUGGAGUUCAACCAGGUGGUGAUAUUUGUGAAGUCCGUGCAUCGCUGUGUAGCUCUGUCCCAGCUGCUGGUGGAGCAAAACUUUCCGGCUAUUGCCAUCCACGGAGGAAUGCUACAGGAGCAAAGGUUAUCACGCUACCAGCAGUUUAAAGACUUCCAGCGGCGGAUCUUGGUGGCAACUAACCUGUUUGGCAGAGGCAUGGACAUCGAGAGGGUCAACAUCGUCUUCAACUACGACAUGCCUGAGGAUUCCGACUCGUACCUCCACAGAGUGGCCCGUGCCGGCAGGUUCGGCACCAAAGGGCUGUCCAUCAGUUUCGUGUCCGACGAGGCCGACGCCAAGACCCUCAACGAGGUCCAAGACCGCUUCGAGGUCAAUGUGCCAGAGCUGCCAGAGGAGAUUGAUAUCUCCACUUACAUUGAACAGUCCAGAUGAAUCCAGUUUCCAGUGAAGUUCUCAUGUGAGCCCUUGGUGUUCCUGUCAUUUUGUUAGGGCGGAGGAAAAAAAAGCAAUGUUUCACUGCCACUAUUGGCAAGUUAUUUUUGUUAAUUUUAUUUUGACAUGUUUUUGCUUGUUCUCGUGUGUUUCUUUUUAAACAAUGCUUGGUCAAAGAAAUAAACAUUUUAUACCUUA